GCGGUCUGGUCUCCGGCGAUCUGCCCCAACAGGACAGGCAAGACAGGCAGGACCGGCAGGACAUCACCCCGCAGCCCACCCGACAGCAGCGCGGCGCUAUGCAUGCCCCCGGACGAGCAGCGGUCGCGCUCCUGGCGGCCCUCGUGCUGACCCUGACGCUGGUGGCGCCGUCCGACGCCAAGCCGGCCCUGGCCGUGCACAUGGACGCCAUAGACACGUGCCUCUUCACCUGCGACGCGUGCUACAAGGCCGAAGCUUUGCUGGCGUGCGCCAACACCUGCCUACAGGUGGACGGCCUCAUCAUGGGCACGGCCUGGCACCAGACCUGCCCCUACUUCCGGAAGAAACCUCUGUUCAAGGACUUCUUCUAAUCUUGCCUGCCCGGGCAUUAUUCAUUACUCUCUCCCGAUCUUUCUGUACAGAUCUGUAGAUAUAGUGACAUGAACGAAGUAUUUCAUUCUGUACGAGUUUCACAAACCUACAGAUGCAAUUGGUUCAAAUUGUGUAUAAGUUUUAGGAUUUUUUAUUUUGUUUUUUAUUUUUUUUGCCACAUAAGAAGUGGACUUAGUUUGCUGUCUUAUGACAGAGCGUGCCAAGAAGCAAU